AUGGACCGCAACUGGGGCAUCGCCGUGGCUGCCGCUGUGGCUUCUUUCUUCAACUUGGCCACGCAGAUAAACUCUGGCUUCUUUUUUGUCGCCAUUAUGGACACUUUCUACGUGGGCCACUCGAAUGCCUCGUGGCCACAGAGCGUUUUCAACAUCAUGACAUACUCCGGCAGCCUGAUCGUGGUAGUGCUCCAGCGGCACUUCACUGUGUCACAGAUCACUCUGCUCGGGAGCUUGAUGCUGUGGAUUCCACUGAUAGGGGCUGCAUUUGCUCCCAACAUAGCGGUGAUGACCCUAACCCUCGGCGCCCUUCAUGGAAUGGGUGCGGGCAUCGUGCUCGUCAGCUUCAUGGUCACCUUGGGCCUGCACUUCGACAAGUACUUGGCCGUCGCCAGUGGACUCCGCGACGCUGGCACCACGCUGUGCGCCUUCGCGUUUCCGUCUCUGCUGUCCUUCCUCAACAGCCGCUACGGCCUCCGAGGCACCCUCCUCAUCUACAGUGCUCUCGCCAUGAACGUGACGGUCGUCGCUCUCUUCUUGUGGUUGCCAGAGGCCUACGCCAGCGACAACGAAUGCCAGCAGUCGCUCGCCUCGCUUCUACGCAUGCUCACCGUAUUGAAGGCUCCCAGUUUCUACGUCGUCGUUCUUUGUGCUACGGUGGAGAUUUACGGCUACACCGUGUUUCUGGAGACCAUAGACGCUUACGCACUCGACAAGGGAGCAUCCAGGCAGGCGGCCGACAUGGCGAUCACGUACGCGACCAUCGCCGAAAUCGUGGGCUACGUCGGAGUGCCCUUGAUCGCCGACAUGAACUUUGUGAGCCGCCCUACGCUGAUGACCAUCUGCUUCACCCUGCUCACGCUGUGGUAUGCGCUUGUUCCGUACACGUCGUGGCCUAUCACGUACGUCGUGGACGACGCCCUCCUCAUUACUUUCAUCGCUGCCGCCAGCUCGCUGCGGUGCUCGCUCAUGACGCAGUACUUUGGUGCAGUCCGGGUGCCCCUGUGCAUGACGGCUCUUGGGUUGCUUCUCAUUCCUCUACAACUGAGCAGCCCCACGAUCAUUGGCUACUUUCGUGACGACCUUGGGUCCUACGAUGGCAUGUACCGAGCUCUGGCCGUGCUGCACUUCGUCGUCGUCAUGCUUUACAUUCCUCUCGCCGUGCACGAACGCAGGAAGAAGACGGGCUCAUUCAAAACGCACACUAAUCCCUUCGUGCACACUACGAAACUCUGA